UUAUAUCACAUGAUUAUUCAUUGCACACAUAUACAAACAUACAGAUAUGUAACAUGUAAAUCAAGACAUCAUUAAUUGACAUUCGCAUUGUAUGAAUGGAAAUUAAUCUUACCAAUUAACAGUUCGUAGAAAACUUAGUACGAAGCGAUUAGCGUGAGUAAAAGGUUUGUGUUGAGUAGAGCUUUUUGUUUCACAGAAGUGUUCUAAAGACUGAAUGCUUAACGUUUCGCCAAAAUGCUGGGUGUGCGUGUGAGUAGAAGUGUGCAAGGUGUGCAAGAAGAUAUGCGUGUAAAGGGUUUUUACUACCACUUGUGUACUUGUACUGUUCGACAGGAAUACUGCCAUUGUGAACUUGGGCGUAACAGGGAAAAGUACUACUCGUUUUUGACUAAACAAGUGUGGUGUUUUUACGCGAUUUGACCAUGGGUCUGAUAAAGAUCAAAACAAAAGGUAGAGUGCAAAAAGAAUAACGACAUAGUGAACAUAAGUGGAUUAAAGGUUGUCUAAAAACAAAGAAACAAGAGAAAGAGAAAUCGUUAUGUUUCUGUUGGAAAUAACAAAAGAUGUGGAUGUAAUGUUUUUAUUCUGCUCUAGUGGAAACAUCAAAAAGGCAGAAUCAUGAAACAUCAAGUGUUCUUAUUGCUGCUGUUCAAGUUUUUGUCAUUGGCUAUGCCUUAUGUGUUGCAGACUAUGAAAAUUACAACCGGGAGGCGUGUUAAGAUGAGAGAACGUUACACGGCAGUCGAAGACUUUACAUGCAAGCAGUUAAACGACUUGGUUGCUUUGUCUGGGCACAUCAGUAGAUCGCUGAAUGUCACGGCCAUCGACGAAAUUCUUGUGACAGAAGACGUUGAAAUGUUCUCCGCUGUCUUCUGGUCCCUGAAACCUAUAGUAGAGAUUCUUGAUCGAUUCGCCUCCAGAUACAAGGCCACGAGGAACCUUCUUGAGAUCCCAUGCGGUAUAUCAGAUAUCGAUGUUGAAAAAGGUUUAUUAUGCCACCAAGAUAACAUGCCUUUGGGUUGCCUCAUCUGCGUUCUGCUAGAACCACACAACAACGAAAUGUGUGGCUGGCUCUAUCAUGGAUAUGUUGAGGCACAACUGUAUCUAAACAGUCUGACUAUCGGUUUAUCAAGUGACAUAGAUCCAGCAGAAAGUACAAUAUCUGUCACCACUUCUGAUGCUGAAACUGGCAUCACUGGGACUUUUCCUUCGACAACAUCUGCCAAUUCUACCCACACCUUCCCUCCAAACGUCACGGGCACUCAGGAGGCCAAUUUUUUCCCCAGUAUCAGAUUAGUCGCUAUCACAGAUUGCACGAAAAGCCAACAGCUGCCCGAAGACCAAGCCGUAACGAGGUUGAACAAUUUGAACACGACCCUCUUCCGUUACAAAUCUGACGUCGACACCGGCCUUACCUUCACUGAGGAUGCGACGAGAGUCCUUAAGGCUCUGGAAAGACUAUGGGAUCCAGACGCGUCGAAGAGAUUCAGACGUAGUGUUACGGCCGAGGCGGAACAUCUUUUCAGGAGCCGCAGACAUGAGCACUGUCAGGUUAACAUGAAUGAUGAUAUGAUCGCUUUGUUGGAUCGCUUCGAAGCUGACCUGUACGCAUGGACGAAAAAUAUUUCCCGGAAGGACAGUCUUUUCGAGGCCACCUGUAGCCUGUCGAGGAUGAGUCUGGUGACUACGACUAGAGCUUCCUUCGAUGGAUUGGGUCGUCGGGACACCGAUGUUGCUGUCUCUGCUAAUCUCAGGAAUGUUCGCGCAGAGUGCUUGGUCGUUGAAAGCUCUUUGUAUGAGAAAAAAGGAAAGCUUGGGAAGGUUUUGGAAAGCAUUUCGACUGCCUUGCAAAACAUAGCUAUCGUUGAUGAAGUCAGGGUAUGCUUAUAGGUUCGAAGACAUUAAACAUUUUUAUUUCAUAUUUCCAUAGAACAAAAUAACUCAAUUACUAUUAACUGCAUUACGUCACUUUAUUGUAACGAUGGUAAUAAUGAGGUUAUAUUAUUUUAUGAGCAACUGAUUUGGUAACGCCGUUAUCAUUAGCAUUGCUGUUUCUAUUAUUAUUUUUUCCUGUGCUAAUGUGAUGAAAUUAAAGAUCAUAAUCUUCAUUUACUAAUAAGAAACACAUUUUUGUUUUCAAAGAAUUAUUUGUUUGUGUAUGAAUUAUUGGAACGAAUUUAAUUGUAAACUUAAUGACAAUACUAAUUUAUUUCAGCGCUCCAAAAGUAACUGUAACUCGUUCCAAGUUCGAAGAAGUAGAUGUGAUAAGUAAAUCAGUUACUUUUUUAUGCAUGUGACGAGAAAGGUAACGACAUUACAUUAAAAAUGUAACGAGACCACCACAGGGAAUAGUAUUAGAAACUACAUCCUAUAAUUGUUGAAUAAAAAUGUAGAAUAUAUAAUUGGGAAGCAUAUAAGUAACAUCACACACACACACACACACACACAU